AGUCAGUUCAAACAAAUACAUAAAAUAUAUUUUUGAAAAAAAAUGACUGAAACAUUUGCUUUAACAGAUGAAAAGCUGGACGAGCUAUUCGUCAAGCAGGUGGGCAGCGUGACGCAAAUAGUGGAAAGGUUGCCCCGCAAUAAUGUUAUUAUGUCCACAUGCGCACGUUGGUUCAAGAUCUUUCAGCAUGCCACGCCCGAGGAGAAGUUUGCGCGAAACUGUAUGUUGCUGUUGUUGCACAAGCAGCUCAACGAUCAAAACACACUGAGUUAUCCAUUCACCGAUGCGCGCAGCUGCCAUCGGGAUCUGCGGACGCUGCAUCAGAUGAGCAUUGCAUUGCACCAUACAAGGGAAAGUGUUGAUGAUGAUGAUGAUGACUGCGAUAGUUUCUGCAGCAUGGAGUAUAGUUCGCCUAUCAGUAUACAUUCCUCAGGCAUUAGCUGCAGAGAGAAUGUGAUGCAACGUCUGGAAAAUGCCAAUAAGCUGUUGGCGGAGCAAAAUGCAGCAAUGUCUGGUGAGCUGCAGGUCUUGCAGUUGGAGAAAGAGAGUUUGCUGCAACGUCGUCAAAGCUUUUACGCCAAAGCCGAGACGCUGCGCAAUCAUAAUAAUAUGUAUGGUAAGGAGAUUGGUUAUAUGAAGCAUAUUUUUGCCUGUUCAGCCGUAACGGCUCUGAAGCUGUUUGUGGAACCAACUUUUGUACAGCCGAUACAUUAUUUUGUGACGCUUUUCUCUGUUCUGUGUGAAGAUCAACAGGACCGGACGCAUUUUGAGCAGCUGGAUAAGCAGUUGGGAUGGAUACUGCACGCCCACAUGGACUACUAUACGCGCCUAUCAAUACAAUAUCAGGUCGGCAGGGCAUACGAUGAAAUGCGUGCCAAGGUGAGCAAACGCUACAAAAAGGUGCUCAACAUGCAGGAAGCAACUCGGAUGGAAGAGCUGUCUCUAGUGGCCAUGCGCCAUCUGAUGAUGCUGCGAAAGCUCUUUCUGGAUAGCUACAAAGGCGACAAACUUGCAAAACGGACGGUGCUCAAGUUCUUGCAAGAACGCCAUGAUGAGCUAGCUGAGGGGUUGUAAUGGGUUUUCUACAUUUACCUGGGUAUUAAACGUUCGCAUUGAAUCAUUUGGUCG